AUGGACACGGGUUCUUGUGUUGUGGCGAGAUUACCGACCGGUAUUGCUCGCCCGCCAAGGUUAACGACCAACUCUGAAGUUGCAACGAUGACUUAUUUACAAUCCAAGAUCUCACUUCCGAUACCGAAAAUCCUUGACUGGAACGAUAAUUCAUCAAAUCCAAUUGGCACAGAAUAUAUCAUCCAGGAGCAUGUUGCGGGUGUUCAGCUGCACCAAAUGUGGCCUAAAAUGAACUCGGAACAACAUAUGCUGUGCGCCAAGAUGCUUUCGUUGGUGAUAAGAAAUAUGGCAUCCUUGGACUUCCCGGCCUAUGGCGGUCUAUACUUCUCAGAUGGGCCGCUAGAGUCGCAUAUGAAAAUUCCCUUCAACCAGGGCUUCUGUAUUGGUCCUCAUUGCAAUCCAGUAUUCUGGAACCGGAAUCCGGGGGAACUUGAACUCUACGGCAGCCAAGUCCCAACUGCGGUCCUUGUCAGUUUCACGAUUCUCAAUCUCCUUAAUAACCAGUUCUAA